AUACUUAAUUGAAUUCAUGGACUAAUAACUACAACAGAUUUAUACAAAAGUACAUCGCGUCAGACUCCUUGCGAAGGACAAAAUGGUGAUGAAGGAACGCAAUAUCAUCAACGCUGCAUCUAUCAAACGAGACGAGGAUGCAGGGGUGUGGAGGAUCUUGCGUCAAAACGCGAAGGACGGGACUAUCGAGGAGAUGGUCUUCACGAUCACGAGCGCCAUAUUCGCGACGGAUAUACCACCUGUAAUGAAGGAGACAAGGAUGCUGAAGGAAAAGACGAUGCCGUGUCCACAAUCAAGGAGAUACAAGUUAUGGGGGAAAGAGAGUUCAGGGAAGGGGAAUUAG